CGGGGGGCUGAGGGGCGCCGCCAUGCCUCUGCCGCGGUGACGCGCGGGGCCGUAAGGAGAACCGGGAGAGGAACCGUGACGAGACCCGCGAGGAGAACCGGGAGAGGAACCGUGACGAGAGCCGCGAGGAGCCGCGCGGUCUCCCCGGGGAUGUCCCCCAGGCGGCCGGAGAAAGCGACUCACUCGAGCCCUGGGCAGCGAUGGCAGAGGAACAACAACAGCCGCCACCACAGCAGCUCGAUGCCCAUCAGCAGCUUCCCCUCAGCGCCCCCAACCCCGGGGUGGCUCUGCCAGCCCUUGUGCCCGGGCUGCCAGGGACAGAGGCCAACGCUCUGCAACACAAGAUCAAGAACUCCAUCUGCAAAACUGUACAAUCUAAAGUGGACUGCAUUUUGCAAGAAGUUGAGAAGUUUACAGACCUAGAGAAACUCUACCUCUACCUUCAACUGCCUUCUGGUCUUAGCAGUGCAGAGAAAAGUGAUCAGAAUGCCAUGUCAUCUAGUCGGGCACAGCAAAUGCAUGCCUUUUCCUGGAUUCGAAAUACCUUAGAGGAGCAUCCUGAGACUUCACUCCCCAAACAAGAAGUCUAUGAUGAAUACAAGAGCUAUUGUGACAAUCUUGGCUACCAUCCAUUAAGUGCUGCCGACUUUGGGAAAAUCAUGAAAAACGUCUUUCCAAACAUGAAGGCGCGACGUUUGGGCACUAGAGGGAAAUCUAAAUAUUGCUACAGUGGACUAAGGAAAAAAGCUUUCGUUCAUAUGCCAACACUGCCCAACCUUGACUUUCAUAAAACUGGAGAUGGGUUGGAAGGAGUUGAACCAUCUGGGCAGCUUCAAAAUAUUGAUGAUGAAGUUAUCUCUUCUGCUUGCCGUCUUGUGUGUGAGUGGGCCCAGAAAGUGUUAAGCCAGCCAUUUGACACAGUCUUGGAAUUAGCCCACUUCCUUGUAAAGAGCCAUUAUAUAGGCACCAAGUCAAUGGCAGCUCUGACUGUGAUGGCGGCAGCACCUGCAGGACUUAAAGGAAUUCCCCAGCCUUCUGCUUUUAUACCUACAGCUGAAAGUAAUUCCUUUCAACCUCAAGUGAAGACUUUGCCAUCUCCAAUUGAUGCUAAGCAGCAGUUGCAACGGAAAAUUCAAAAAAAGCAGCAAGAACAGAAACUACAGUCCCCAUUGCCAGGAGAAUCCUCAGCAAAAAAAACAGAAGGCACUACAGCCAACGGAGUGGCUAAUCUACCCAAUGGGAACCCUGCGAUCCUUUCUCCCCAGCCCAUUGGGAUCGUGGUGGCAGCUGUCCCUAGUCCCAUUCCGGUCCAGCGGACAAGGCAGUUAGUAACUUCACCAAGUCCGAUGAAUUCUCCUGAUGGCAAGGUUCUUCCCCUCAACGUACAGGUAGUCACUCAGCACAUGCAGUCUGUGAAACAGACACCAAAGACUCCUCAGAACGUUCCAGCCAGUCCUGGUGGGGACCGUUCUGCCCGGCACCGCUACCCUCAGAUCUUACCCAAGCCAGCAAACAGCAGUGCGCUCACCAUUCGCUCUCCUACAACUGUGCUCUUUACUAGCAGUCCCAUCAAAACUGCUGUGGUACCUGCGUCACACAUGAGUUCUCUAAAUGUGGUGAAAAUGACAACGAUAUCCCUCACGCCCAGUAACAGUAACGCGCCUCUUAAACACUCUGCCUCAGUCAGCAGUACUACUGGAGCAACGGAGGAAUCAAGGAGCAUUCCUCAGAUCAAGAAUGGUUCUGUUGUUUCUCUUCAGUCUCCUGGGUGCAGGGCCAGCAGCACUGGGGGAACUUCUGCUGUGGAAGUCAAAAUGGAACCAGAAGGUUCAUCGGACGAGCAUUCUCUACAGUGCCAAGAGAACUCUGAGGGGACUAAAGCUUCCCUGACAACAUCUAGUGCCCUUUGGGGGCAGAAAAAUAAUGCAGAUGGAACAGUAACAAAACCUAAUGAAGGUGUCACUGAAGCGAAAACAACUAAGGUCUGUGACCAGAGGACCAAAUGUAAAAGUCGCUGUAAUGAAAUUUUGCCAGGCAUCUCAGCAGGCAAUAAUCAAAGCACUGUUACUCUCUCGGUUGCUACUCAGAACUUACCUUUCACCAGCACCAGCUCACCAUCUAAUGGUGACUCAGUAAAUAAAGAUCCUAAAAUAUGCACUAAAAGUCCAAGAAAACGACUGUCUGCUACACUGCAAGAGUCUCAGGUGCCUCCUGUAAAGAAACCAAUUGUGGAACAGCUUUCUACAGUUACUAUAGAAGGUCAGAAACAAAGCAAUGUUAAAAAGGACCAAAAGGUUCCACAUUCAGGGAAAACAGAAAGCUCAACAGCAGGUGCUCAGAUUCCUAACAAGGUGUCAAUCAGUGUCAGUUCACACAUUAUAGAGGAUCAGUCCUUGAACCCUACUCUUGUUGCCAGUGAAUCAGUUCUGGAGCAGCAGACAUCCCCAUCAUUGUCUCCGGAUGUGAAAGUAAAACUUGAAGGGAGUGUCUUUCUCUUGGACCGUGAAUCAAAAUCAGAUGGCAACUUUAAUCGAAACGAAUGGCAACAAGUUACUAAGGAUUCUGACUUCAUAGCUGCUAGCUGUGAGCAACAGCAAGAUGUUAGUGUUAUGACAAUUCCUGAGCAUCCUGACAUCCAUGAUCUAGAGAAAUCUGUUUGGGAAUUAGAAGGGAUGCCACAGGACACAUACAGCCAGCAGCUACAUAGCCAGAUACCAGAAUCUUCGCUGAAUGAAAUACAAGCACAGUCUUCAGAUCAGUUGCCAUUGCAAUCUGAACUGAAAGAGUUUGAGUCUUCUGUUUCCCAGACAAAUGAAAGCUACUUUCCUUUUGAUGAUGAACUUACACAAGAUAGCAUUGUGGAAGAACUGGUGCUUAUGGAGCAGCAGAUGUCAAUGAAUAAUUCACAUUCUUAUGGUAACUGCUUGGGAAUGACCCUUCAGAGUCAGUCAGUAACUCCAGGAGCUCCAAUGUCUUCGCAUGCUUCCAGCACUCACUUCUAUCAUCCAAUCCAUAGCAAUGGCACUCCAAUUCACACACCUACACCCACACCCACUCCUACACCAACUCCAACCCCAACUCCAACCCCAACAUCUGAAAUGAUUGCUGGAUCUCAGAGUCUGUCACGGGAGAGCCCUUGUUCCAGGCUUGCCCAGACAACACCUGUGGAUAGUGCUUUAGGAAGUAGCCGACACACACCCAUUGGUACUCCUCAUUCUAAUUGCAGCAGUAGUGUCCCUCCAAGCCCUGUUGAAUGCAGGAAUCCAUUUGCAUUCACCCCAAUAAGCUCCAGUAUGGCAUAUCAUGAUGCUAGCAUUGUCUCAAGCAGUCCUGUGAAACCAAUGCAAAGACCCAUGGCCACUCACCCUGAUAAAACCAAGCUUGAAUGGAUGAAUAAUGGGUAUGGGGGGGUUGGUAAUUCAUCAGUUUCUGGUCAUGGCAUUCUCCCAAGCUAUCAGGAACUAGUAGAAGAUCGUUUCAGGAAACCUCAUGCUUUUGCUGUGCCUGGACAGUCAUAUCAGUCUCAGUCCAGACACCAUGACACUCAUUUUGGUCGUUUGACUCCUGUCUCUCCUGUACAGCAUCAAGGUGCCACUGUAAACACCAACAAGCAAGAAGGGUUUGCAGUCCCCGCUCCUCUUGAUAAUAAAGGAACUAAUUCAUCUGCCAGCAGCAACUUCAGGUGCCGGAGUGUGAGCCCUGCUGUCCAUCGCCAACGGAAUCUUAGUGGAAGCACCCUCUAUCCUGUGUCUAAUAUCCCACGGUCUAAUGUAACCCCCUUUGGAAGUCCAGUGACCCCAGAAGUUCAUGUUUUCACAAAUGUUCACACAGAUGCAUGUGCCAAUAACAUAGCUCAAAGAAGUCAGUCAGUUCCAUUGACAGUCAUGAUGCAGACAGCCUUCCCAAAUGCUCUGCAGAAGCAAACAAACAGUAAAAAAAUCACUAAUGUUUUGUUGAGUAAACUCGAUUCUGACAAUGAUGAUUCAGUGAGAGGUUUGGGAAUAAACAACGUGCCCUCCAAUUACACAGCCCGGAUGAAUCUCACUCAGAUUUUGGAAACUUCCCCUGUUUUUCCUAGUGCCAAUUCACAAAAUAUGAUCGACUCCAGCACUUCUGUUUAUGAAUUCCAAACACCAUCUUACCUCACCAAAAGUAAUAGCACCGAUCAGAUCAGUUUUUCUCCUGGAGAUAAUCAAGCACAAUCUGAAAUUGGAGAACAGCAGUUAGAUUUCAAUAGCACUGUUAAAGACCUGUUGAGUGGAGACAACCUGCAAACCAGCCAGCAGCUGGGAGGUCAGAUGGCAUCUGAUCUCACCAACACUGCAUCUGAUUUCCCUAGCGACAUCAGGUUGUCUUCUGACCUCUCAGGCAGCAUCAAUGAUUUGAACACCUUAGACCCAAAUCUACUGUUUGAUCCAGGUCGUCAGCAGGGACAGGAUGAUGAAGCCGCACUGGAAGAAUUAAAGAAUGACCCACUGUUUCAACAGAUUUGCAGUGAGUCAAUGAACUCUAUGACUUCAUCAGGUUUUGAAUGGAUAGAAAGCAAGGACCAUCCUACUGUUGAAAUGUUGGGAUAAAUUGUGUUUUAUAAUAUGUAGCACACUGUAUCUAAAGACAUAUGUAUUGUAUUUGUCUUAAUGGAAGUGCCUCCCGCAGCAGAAACACUAUUAAUUGUGACAUUUUGAAAGCGUUUGCUGCAGAAGUGGUUUCUUCUUCAGUAGGAAAUGGUUAGACUUGCCUCAGUUCUGGACACGUUUCUGAAGACAGUAGGCUGUAGAGCAAGUAUUAGGUUUUAAAUUUUAUAAUGUUCCCCAUUUAAUCACAUUUGCUAGUAAAGAAUCCAGCUUUUUACGAGAGUAGUCUGGGUCUUUAUUUUGUAUAAGUUCAUUUUAACUCAUCAGUUGAUCUACACAGAAAUUAAAAGACCAUCCAUUUUUAGUUGUAGGCUGUUUUUUGUUGGCAUUAUCUUUUAGGUAUGAAAUCAUAGCUAAGGUAAACUGUAGGCAAGAGAGUCUUCCUUAAAACAGGGAAAAUAUUCAGGUUAUUAUAAAUGUUUAAGCUUGAAACAUAAAGCUACUGUAGGAUGAGAAAUCUCUGUAGGACUUUUUGGGGCUUCGGUACCAUUUACUUCCACAAUGAAGGGCUUACAUAGGAGAAAAUAAUGGAAAAUAAACGUUAAUGUAAGGAAAGUAAAAGCUGCACUAAAAUUUUUAAGAGGAAAACUAGUAGCCAUUUAUUUGUGACAUUGCAUUAGUCCAGUUUUAGAAGGUGGCUUUUAAAAAUGGAGCUGUCCAGCUCAUGCAUUCUGGCUUUCCCUCUCUCCCUCCCCCUCCUUUCUUCCCUCUUCCUCUCUUUUUCCCUCCCCUCCCCAUCUCUUACACACACACACACACACACACACACACACAAGACAUUAAGAUUUAAUAGAAGAAGUACAAGCAUGUUAGAAAACUGUCUCGUGUUUUAUUAUUUGCUUGCUGAGAUUGGAGUGUUAGAAGGAAAAUAGAGGAUUUCUUUUUGUUUGUUUCUUUACCACAGCUCCGUGUACAUACUGAAAUUCUACUGAAGAAUUCAUUAUUUUUAAUGUUUUCCCCAUGGUAUCCUUUAGUAAUCAGCUUUCCUCCUCAGUUUGCUGACUAACUCCUUCACUUCUCUGAAUGUAGUAAUGCAGUUUUAUCAUGGAUCAAAACAACAAGCAGGAAAGAGAUAACGUUAAAAGCCCAGCAAAAAGCAUUUCUUCCCUUGAGGUCUGAAGCCUCAGGUCUUUAUAUCUCUGAUAAACAAAGGGGAUGAUGAUAGUACUUGAAGAGAGGAGCGUUUUAUUACAUGCUUAAUUUAUUUAUUGUGAUGGACACAGUUGCAAAAGAAGCAAAGCACUCAGGAUUUGUUUUAAAGUGUUUCUCUGUGGCUCCCAUUUUGUUUUUUGAAUAGUAUUUAUGAAUUCCAUGUUAACACAAAACUAGUAGGCAGCUCCAUAUAAGUUUCAAGAUAAUUUUCAAAGAGAUAUUAAAGUUAACCUUAAGUUCUUAAAAGAUAACAUGAAAACAUUCACUGUACUCUCCUGACUAGCCAAGCUUUUCUUUUACCUUAAUUCAAAAAUAAAUCAGAAGACUACAAUCUGAAUAUUUAACAAAUAUGAUAGAAGGGUUAAUGUAAUAAGGGUCCAUUGUUCAGCAGAUUUGAAAGUAGGGUAUUAACAUAUUCUAAUAAAUCAAUGGUGCUAGAGUUGGCUCAGAGGUUUAUCUAUGGAUAUGUCCUAGUUACUGGCAUAUGUGUGUGUUUGCUGUUAAUUUGAUUUAAUGAUUUGUUAGAUUUUUUUUUUUUGAUAAUAGUUAUUUCUUCACUGUACAUUGAGAUACAGCACUACUGCACACCAAAGUAUGUAAUACCCAAAGGAAACUGUGUGGUUUCUUCUAACAAAUGAUGGGAGCCUUUCUCAGUGAGAUACUCUGAAAAGGAGACUUUGAGGCCAUUCUAAUCCCUUGUUUACAUUGUUAGCUUCCUACUAAUAUAAAAAUAAUGGAAAUCUUUUUUUGAUAAAAAAAAAAAAAAAGUAUAGAGACUGGAGGAUUUUUACCCCCUGCCCCCUGUACAGUAUUGCAGCAAACUCUUUAAAUUUGGCUGAAUUCGUCCAGCAAACUUUUUGGGGUUCAUAUAUUGCACUAAAUUUGUUGAACCUGUGGUAGGCACAUCUCUUAGGAUAAAUGCAACCAGUACAGUCCACAGAUUAAAAUUUUUAAAUGUGUUUCAAAUAUGAAAAGACAAAAUAUCAUCAAAGUAACAGAUGAAAUUGUCUUAUGUAGCAAUGUGCACUGAUCUCAAUGAGAUAUUUCUAUUUCUUAUUCUCUUACACGAGAAUAUUGCAGCAGGAAGAAUUAAGUUUAGUUUGCUUCACCAUGUUAAUACAUGAUCACAAAAUGUGCAUGAGUGUUCUUGACUUAUCUUGUACAGUACUAGGUAAUCCUGUAACCACUUUUUUUCCCCUCUUGGCUGUAUUGAAACUGGCUCUGUGUUAACCAGGUGAGCAUAGUUAUUCACAGGUUAUUUUGCUUUUUUAAUGUUUACUAAUUCUGCUUAGUUGUUGAAUAUGUUCUUUUCUUUGGAUUUUUUUUUCAUUGUUUUGAUGUUUAAAACAUUUUUGCAUACUGUUUUAUCAUGAUAAGACUUCAUGAAGUAAAUAAUUUUGCAUAUAAUUGCAAUAAGCACUGACUUUUGAACUGAGAAAGAAGGAGCGUGUUUUGUGCAGUGCAUCUGAGGUUCAGAUAACAGUCUUGUACUACAGUGUGCUUACUACACCAGAGGUGACAAAAGCCAGCCCUGUUGUAUGUUUCCUUUUAGUGCAGAGUCAGACCCUGGUGCUUUGUUGUCUGUUGUACCUGCUGAGAUUACAGUAGUUGAGCAUCGCAUAGUAGCAUUUCAGUUCUCUUUUUUUAUUAAAAGUGCUCAAAUUGUUUUUUAAAUGUUUUCAAAAACAAUUAAAAACAUUUUAUAUUAUAACUGACUGGAUGUUAAGAUGAUUUAUGGGAUGUAUUUUUAUAGACAAUUUGCCAUUUUAUAAAUAUGUACAUGAUGCUGUAUUUUCCUUGAACUGGUGAAAUGGGGGAGGGGUAUAAAAAUAAUACAAGGUAAAAUGUGCUACGUCUCUGCUGACCGAAAAGAAAUGACA